CCGACUCUGGUUGCAGAUGGCGAGCGUUGCGUUGCAGUAGUUGUUGUUAUUUUAUUUAUAAUUAAAGUUUAUAAAAUUGCUGAAAUUAACACAUUGAAAUUACAAAACGAAAAUUCAAUUAUCGUCGCCUAUCAACAAAGAGAAUCAACGAAAAUAAACAAAACAACCGGCCGCUUACGUAUGCAAAAUGUCGCUGACCACUCAGCGUGCAAUCACACUGCUGGCGGUGCUUAUCAACGCCGCCUGUGCGGUGCUAAGCGUAAGCUCAACGGUGAAUGAUGAAAUCAAGAAUGUUUUAAUACUUUUGGCCGAUGAUGCGGGCUUCGAGUCGGGCGCUUACCUAAACAAGUUCUGUCAGACGCCCAAUCUGGACGCGUUGGCCGAGCGCGGCUUGCUCUUCAACAAUGCCUUCACUUCGGUGAGCAGCUGUUCGCCCAGCCGCGCACAACUCCUAACCGGUCAGGCGAGUCACAGCAGUGGCAUGUACGGACUGCAUCAGAGCGUGCACAAUUUCAAUGUGCUGCCUGGCACCACAUCGCUGCCGAAUGUGCUGCGCGAAAAGUCACAGGGACGCAUACUUAGUGGCAUUAUUGGUAAGAAGCAUGUUGGCGCAAGCGCAAAUUUCCAAUUUGACUUUGAGCAGACCGAGGAGCAGCAUUCAGUCAAUCAAAUUGCUCGCAACAUAACCAGAAUCCGACAUUAUGCACGUGAGUUCUUUGCCAAGGCGCAAGCGGAAGCGCGUCCGUUUUUCUUGUUUGUCGGCUUUCACGAUCCACAUCGUUGCGGGCAUAUAACGCCGCAGUAUGGUGAAUUCUGUGAGCGUUGGGGCUCCGGUGAGGAGGGUAUGGGUGUUAUACCCGAUUGGACACCGAUUUACUACGAUUGGCGCAACUUGGAGGUGCCGCCGCAUUUGCCGGACACGGAUGUGGUGCGUCAGGAGCUGGCCGCACAGUACAUGACCACUUCGCGUUUGGAUCAAGGUGUGGGUGUUGUGCUGAAAGAACUUGCGGCGCAUGGCUUUGACGCAAACACUUUAGUUAUUUACACUUCCGAUAAUGGACCACCAUUCCCGGGCGGACGUACGAAUUUCUACGAGCAUGGCGUGCGCGAACCAAUGAUUAUUGCCGCACCAACGGCACAAGCACGUCGCCAUGAGACCACCGGCGCUAUGUCUAGUCUGCUGGAUAUCUUCAACACCGUACUGGAUGCUUUCCACUACUAUACACCCACUGCGAAUACGACCAAUGAGGAUGCCACGAAAUCGUUAUUGCCAAUACUUUACAAAGAACCACAGCCGGUUGAAAGUGAUGCCAUAUUUGGUAGUCAGAAUUUCCACGAGGUCACCAUGACCUAUCCAAUGCGUAUGAUACGCACGCGCCGUUAUAAACUCAUACACAAUUUGAACUUUUGGUCUUACUUCCCCAUCGAUCAGGAUCUCUACACGUCACCUACCUUCCACCAAAUUUUAAAUGCAACGCUCGCCAAACAAGCAUUUCCAUGGUAUAAGACGCUGCUAUCCUACUAUGAGCGUCCGGAAUGGGAGUUGUACGAUAUUAAAGCUGAUCCCUUGGAGCGUUACAAUUUAGUGGGUAAAUCCAAAUAUCAGCGCGUCUUCGAAGAGUUAAGUGCCCGUUUGUUUGAGUGGCAAGUGAACACGUCGGAUCCUUGGCGUUGUGCGCCGCAUUCGGUUCUAGAGGCUCAGGGUGUAUACAGAGACAGUCCGGCAUGUUUCACUCUGGGACAUGAGGCUCUACGUCGCCCACUCACGCAUUACAACAAGUAUGAGCUAUUGUAAUCGUAUUCAUGAAGUUAGCAUGAUAUUAUAUUUUAUUGAUACUUACUCUUAUAUAAUAGAUUUAAACAAUAUUAUAAUAAAUAUUGACAUAUAUUAAAAAAAUAUUA